UUCAGCAUUUGUCAAUAAAAACAAAUUCAAAAAAGUGGCUGAGUAUAAAAUUUCGCGCCAAAAAUAAACAUUUUCGCAUACUGCCAAACAACAUUAAGCAGUUAACUAACUUAAAAACACUGCAGUUAUUUAUCUUUGCUUGUGAUUAGAUAACACGCAUAUAAAACCAACAGCAGCACAUACAUACACACACAUACAUAAGUAACUAAGUGUGCCAGCUGUUUUCUGUACUCUCUUACUCUCAUUUACACACACGCACACACACAGACACGAGCCUACAAACAGCAGCUCGCUCUCACGCGGCGCGUCUCGUUUCGUACGUUUUGACAUUUUCUUCAACGCAGUUGUUGUUUUGGUUCUCACACUGGCGCGUGCGGGUGAAAAGAGUGAUUUUAAUUACUGGACAAUGCUUAAGUUUUUGCUAACUUUUGGGGCCGGAGUUUACACGGGUCUCUACGUGUCGCAGAACUAUGAAGUGCCUCGUGUGGAUGAUCCCCCCAAACUGGUUGAAAAAAUGAAUAAAAAAAUCCGGGAGCUAAUCGACGGAAAAAAAACGCCCGUCGAACAAAUUGUGCAUGAUAUCAAAAAGGAGGCGAAAAAAGUUUUGGACGACUGAAGAACGUAUUUACUUGCAGCUCGAGACGACAUACAAUAUAUUUAGUUAUUCUGUGUUUAAACAAAUUUAUCUAUGAUCCAAUAAAGGAAAGUUUAAAGUUACAAUCUA